AUGGAGUAUGAUGAUGAUGAUGAUGAUGAUGAUGAUGUUGAUGAAAAUCAAGGAAAUGAUCAAGAUGUUCAAUAUGGUGAAGAUGGAGGAAAUUCUGUUCAUCAUGUUGAUGCUAGUCUUUACACGCAACCAUCAUUUCAAGAUCUAGUUUCACAAUUUGGUUCACCACCGAGCUUCACUCAAUUGGUUCAACCAUCUCAACAGCUACCUAAUAAUAAUGAUGAAGCCCCUAUACAUUCAAAGAAAAGUUGGGAUUUGAUUGAAGAUAUUGCUCUCAUAUGUUUAGUCAUGAACACAAGUACAGAUCCAAUUGUGAGCACCAACCAAAAGAUAAGAGUGAGGUGGCAGAAAGUUAAGGAAGCUUAUGAAGCAGCGAGGAUGGAACGACCCCAUCUGAUCCCACGAAGAACCGCCGACAUGCUUAAAUGUCGUUGGGGUAGAGUUGCUCCAGCAUGUUUGAAGUGGUCUGGAAGUUAUGAUGAGGCUGUUAGGAGGAAGAAGAGUGGCACGACAGACGAAGAUGUGCUUAAAGAAGCGCAUUUAAUCCAUCAAAGAAAACACGGUAACUUUAACUUGAUUGAGCAAUGGAAAAUUUUAAGAAAGUAUAACAAGUGGAAGCAAGUGGUAAAAACUAAUCAAAAAAAAAAUUGGAUCAACAACCAACUGAUGAUGUUAGUAGUAAAAGUAGUGGGAAAAGAUCAAGGACCGAAGAAGAUUCUGAAACUCCAACAAGUGAACCUCAAGGAGGAUCAUCCACGCGCCCCGAGGGUAUGA